UCUUAAGCAAGUUUCAUAAGUAAUAAUGUCCAGCAGUUGAAACUAAGUAACCAGUCAGUUACUUGUGAGCAUCGAUUAAGUCCUUCUCCUGUGUGUUGUGUACAAGACAAACAGUCUCCCGUCAACGUUGAGCCGUGCCCCACGCCCACACCAGUCAGCUAAAAAUGUUCUUACAAAAACAACCAUAGUCUUGUUUAGUUGACUGAAGUAGCAACAUCUGUGUGUUUGCAAACUUUAUGUACUCAUUCUUUAAGCUCAAUAUGUGACGUGAGCUAAAGAUUAGCUGGAGUUAGAUGAGGAAGUGAAUCACGUGUAGGCGGAAGUGCAAUCGAAUGCAUUUAUAUUUACACAACUAUUCUAUUCUGUCCUCGAUAAUCAUGAUGAUGUUGAUGAUAUAUUUCUCUUUGUGAUGCUGCUCGUGCUCAUUAAACUGAAAAAUCACAUCCUCAGAACUCUCAAGUUAAUUUAUUUUCAAGUGUUGGAAUAAAACUAUUUUUGUAUUAUGGACUUGUAGAUUUGUUGGAUGUAUAAAAAAAAUCAGAAUUUAUUGUGGCUGAUAUACAUUUUUAGAUUUCUUCAGCUAUAAAAAAUAUUUAAAACAGUUAACUUUUAAGUACAGUAGUCACGUACUUGAGAAAAAAAAACAUUAAAAGUAUGACGUGAUUCUUUUCUUCAGGAUGUAACACUUUGGUACUUGAAAACAACUUAGUCGAAGACAUGGUCAUAAAGGAAAUAAUGAUAAUUAUCAACUGGAUACGUUAAAUUUAUUUGUUUUUUUUACAAGAAUUUCAAAUGAUUUACGUGUCACGGUAAUUAUUCUAAUUGAUAAUUGAUUUAAUUAAAGAAUGUGAAUCAGAAAAUAAUUUUAUUUUCUGAAACUAACGUGUUCACGGUUACUCUGAAAUUAUUCAGUUAAUGGACAAAUAAAAAUAUGAACAUGAAUACUGAUAAGCCAGAAGAUAAAUCUUCAAAGUGUGCUAGAGGUACUCAAUCAAUAACUACACCAAGUUUGAAUUUAAUGGAACAAUUGCUAUUAGCAAAAAUGGACAGAUACAGUGUAACAGAUAGUGAUGUAGAUGAAUCUAAAUCUGAUUUUAAACUAUCAAAAAAAAAGCCAGUAUUUUUAAGAAUCAAUUCGAUGGAUAGUCAAACAAGUGCUAGCACAUUCAGCUCAGUUGUAUCUUCAGAAUCUUCAAAAAAUCGGUACUGCAAGUGUGAUGAUUGUUUACUUGGAAUCGUCGAUAAACAUCAGCAUGCUUCUCCAUCAGUUGGUUAUAAAAAGUCAAGGAGAAAGAAAGAGAUUGACAAUAAUAGCCUUCAAGCCAUGAGCUCUCUAUCUAUCCUGUGUCGGCCAAUUUAGAGAAAUGAUUGACGGAAUAAGUUAUAUAUUAUGUGGAAUUCAAUGUUGCUACCACCUAUCAACUACGAUAUUUAAUAACUACAUUUUCUCAAGACUUCUUUUUUAUUACUUGCGGCCUGUAUUGAAUUACAACGUUGGUUAAUUUUUACGUCAAUUAGUAAUCAAUUUUUUUCUUAAAUUAUAGCAAAAAUAAGUGUUCCUCUGGUUAAUCGAUUAUUGGUCAUUAUACUUCUACUUUUGACGUCUAAUUGCUAUACAUUUGCACAAAACAUGAUGCCUGUGAGCACAGUAAUUUUUUAAUCAUUAGCUCAAACACUUUUUUACCACAUUGGGUGCUGUAAAUUCUCACGAAUGAUGCUUAUCGCCUUUUGAAUAAGUGCUGCUCCAAAUAAACUCAAGACAUUUAACCAUCGUUCAAGAGAUUACUUCAAAGAUACCAGCUCUUGCACGACGUGAUUCGCACCAAGUAAUUGGUAUCCGUCCAUAUGUGUACGUCAUUAAAAGUCUUCAGAGUCCCCUGAGGUACUUUGGUACAUGUACCUUUGAAAUACAUUCAUUAAGACUUUUUUCAUUUCACAUUUUCGUUACUGAAUCUUUAUUCGAUCAUUU